AACGAAGAACAGAUCAAAUAUAAUUUCGAAUUUUUUUUUCGCUCUGUUGUGCCCAACUAUAUCUAGGGUUUAAUUUAAUUUCCCAAAUUAUUUUUAUUUUAACUGUGUGAAAACGUCGAACUCGUUCGAGUUUACUGACGACUCAGAUCAGUGAUUCGGACCGGCGAUGUACAGUGGGUCCAGCGAUGGCGAGAGCCACGAGACUGCGCAGAGGAAGAUCCCGCCUGCUUCGUCCAUGCCUUGGGUCCGUAAUCUGCGCCGGUACAUUGGAUCCGGAACUGGACUCGGAUCCGAAGCACUAAUGGAGCUUGAGACAAAGAGAAUAUUGCUUGAUAUAUUUAGAGAGAAACAACAAAAAAGUGCUGAAGCUGGCACAAUACCCAGUUUCUACAAGAAGAAACCUGAAGAAGGAUCCAUCAGUCACAGGGUCCAAAGAUUGGCGAAGUACCGGUUCUUAAAGAAACAAUCAGAUCUUUUGCUAAAUGCUGAUGAUCUGGAUGCAAUGUGGGUUUGCUUGAGGGAAAACUGUGUGAUUGAUGAUGCCACUGGUGCAGAAAAGAUGAACUAUGAAGAUUUUUGCCACAUUGCCUCUGUAUGUACUGAGCAAAUAGGCCCCAAGUGUCGACGCUUUUUCAGUCCAUCAAAUUUUAUGAAGUUUGAGAAAGAUGAGUCUGGAAGAAUAGCCAUUUUGCCAUUUUAUCUUUAUGUGAUGCGUACGGUUUCACUUACACAGGCUAGAAUUGACAUGAGUGAGCUUGAUGAAGAUUCUGAUGGUUUCCUUCAACCUCAUGAAAUGGAGGCCUAUAUACGAGGUCUGAUUCCUAGUCUGGCACAGCUACGGGAUAUGCCUGCAAGCUUUGUUCAAAUGUAUUGUCGGAUAGCAGCACACAAGUUCUUCUUCUUCUGCGAUCCUCAUAGACGAGGAAAGGCCUGCAUAAAGAAAGUUUUGCUCAGUAACUGUCUCCAGGAACUAAUGGAACUCCACCAGGAAAGUGAGGAAGAGGUAACUGACACAGAACAAGCUGAAAAUUGGUUUUCUUUGACAUCUGCACAGCGUAUAUGUGAUAUGUAUCUUGCCCUUGAUAAAGAUAUGAAUGGAACAUUGAGCAAGCAGGAUCUUCGAGAAUAUGCAGAUGGGACACUGACAGAAAUUUUCAUUGAAAGGGUAUUUGAUGAACAUGUCCGUCGUGGCAAAGGUAGUGGAGGAAAUUCUAGGGAGAUGGAUUUUGAAAGUUUUCUUGACUUUGUCCUGGCCCUAGAAAACAAAGACACUCCAGAAGGGCUAACAUACUUGUUUCGCUGUCUUGACCUGCAAGGACGUGGAUACCUUACAACAGCUGAUAUACACACCCUUUUCAGAGAUGUGCACCAGAAAUGGAUUGAGGGUGGAAACUAUGAAUUAUGUAUCGAGGAUGUAAGGGAUGAGAUCUGGGAUAUGGUCAAACCAACGGACCCAUUAAAGAUUACUUUGACUGAUCUGCUAGGUUGUAAACAAGGUGGGACAGUAGCCAGCAUGCUCAUAGACGUGCGUGGUUUUUGGGCACAUGACAAUAGAGAAAAUCUUCUCCAAGAGGACGAAGAACCAGAAGAAGAAUGAAAAUUGUGUGUAUAAACUAAAGGCUGAGCUUGUACUAACACAAGACUGGUGUCUGAGGUUGAUGUAUUGUCUUGAUUUAUUGCUGCAUCUUCUAAGGAAUAUUUAGUGUGUAUUUGUAUGUUUUUGAGAUUUAGAAGACGGUAAUAGGAAGAAUUGUUGGAUGUAGAAGAAGGUAAUAGGAAUUGUUGGAUGUAGAAGAAGGUAAUAGGAAUUGUUGGAUGUAUUACAGGUAUUAUAUGUUUGACUA